CAUACCCAUCAGGAAAAUUCAACACAAAUGCUCGAAAUUUUUACACAUCCGAAUGCAUAAUUCGAUCAAUUCACAUUAUUGAAAAAAAAAAUUAUCUAAAACAUAAUAGGAUCCACAUAUUAAUAUUAUAUUUUUUAAUUGGUUGCAUAUAUAAAUUAAUUUAUACUGUAAAAAUUUUUCAUACAAACACAUACCUUUCCCCCCCUGUCAACCUACCCUCUUCUUUCUCACUAAGUAUCGCAUCCCCAUCUCCUUAAUCACCAAGAAAAUUACUCUCCUUCUCUUACAAGUCCCUCUUACAUAUUUAAUUCCCACCCGUCUUUUCUCAUGUGUUCUUCAAGAGAAGAGUGACUGCAAAGCUUUCACUUCUGCAUCCAAAUAACUGUAUGCGUGUGACAGACAGAUAGAGAGAGAUGAGUGCUGAUUGGGGACCAGUUGUGGUAGCAGUGGUUUUGUUCAUCCUAUUGUCACCGGGGCUAUUAUUCCAGCUACCAGCAAGAACAAGAGUUGUAGAAUUUGGGAACAUGAACACUAGUGGAAUCGCCAUUCUGAUUCAUGCUGUAAUAUACUUUUGCAUAAUCACUAUCUUGAUCAUUGCAAUUGGUAUCCAUAUACAUGUUAAUUGAUUUCAACAUCUGCGCCAACAAGGUUGGCUCCUCUCUCUCCCCCCCUCUUAAUUUCUUUCCUUUUUGUACUACUUCUAUACAAUUUUCCCUGCUAAAUUAAUUUUCUCUGGUUCA